AUGGGGGAAAAGGCUGUUAGUAUUGAUACAAAGAAGGGAAUCAUACUUUUACGCGAUACUGGUAUGUGCCAACAUGAAAUUUCAAGAAAAUUAAAUGUUUAUCGGACGUGCGUGCGUCAGACCAUUCGCAAGUUCAAUGAGCUUCAUACGACAGCUACAAAACUUGGUGCUGGGCGUCCUUUCAAAAUGACACGUCGUCAAAAGCUCGCCAUUAAACUUCAACAACUUCGUGAUGAUACUCUUUCGUUGAAUGAUCUUGUUCGAUAUGCUCAAGCAAGUUUGAAUUUAAAUAUCAGUCGUCAAACAGUAAGCCGUAUCCUACGUGAAUUCGAUUUGGUUUCGUACGUCGCACCAAAAAAGCCUAAAAUCACUCAUGAGCAAAGACGUUGUCGAAUUUUUUGGUGCUAUAAGCAUUUGAACUGGACCGAAACCGAUUGGUCUAACGUUAUAUUUUCCGAUGAAGCGAAUUUUGAAAUAGUAAAUCGGAACAACAGAAUCUAUAUACGUAGAUUUCGGAAUGAUCUAAAGCGUCAUGAACGAUUUCAACCAAGGGUACAUCGAGGUGGUGGUUUGGGUAUUUGGUCUUAUAUUACGUACAAUGACUUGGGGCCGUUAGUUUUCUUCAAUGGGCGUUUAAACUCGGAUAAAUAUAUAGAGAUACUCGAGAACAAUUUACCCAACGCAUUUGAAAAAUUUUCAUCGGAGCAAUCGAAAAAAGUUUUGUAUCAACAAGAUAACGCUCGUCCCCAUACGUCAGCUAAAACCUCCAAAUAUUUCAAGAAAAAACAUAUUAAACUGAUUCCAUGGCAAGCUCGGAGCCCCGACCUGAACAUAAUAGAAAAUAUAUGGUCUAUAGUCGAUCAAAAAUUGUUGAAAUACAGUAUUAGCAACAUGGCAUAG